AUGAUCCAUGCUGUUGACGUGCCAAGUGAUAUCGAGCAACCCGCAUGCCAUAUCAUUGCCGAAACCAUGCAUUUCUCGUUAGUAUUAAUCAUACUGCCAACCGUCGCAGGUUCGCUCAUGGAUUUGCUGCAAGGCGUUCUUCAAUCUGGAAAGAAUGACCUUGAUAAAAGUGGAAUCAUGUAUCCUGUGAUGUAUAGUGGCAUCAGAAGUCAACAUCAAGUACCUGAUUAUGUUCCAUUCCCAUGUAAUGUACAAUUUGGAAGAUCACCGUCAACGCCUGACAGUGUGCAUCAUUUACGACCUGGUGACAUAGAUGUAGUCGGUGGUCUGGGAGAUUCAUUGGUUGCAGGAAGUGGAGCUUUGGAAGAGUUUGCAAUAGGAACGUUUAUAGAAGCACGCGGAGUUAGCUGGUGUGUAGGUGGUCAAGGUGACUGGAGACGGUUCUUAACCGUUCCUAAUUUACUGAAGGUGUUCAAUCCUAAUUUAAUCGGAUUUUCAACGGGUACUGGUGAAUUUAUUUCGACAAAAGCGAAACUAAAUAUCGCAUUUCCUGUUGCGGCUACGGAGGAUGCGCUUCAACAAGCUCGCAUACUUGUUCAAAGAAUGAAAAGUAACCCACAAAUUAAUAUCAAAAAGCAGUGGAAGCUCAUCACAAUCUUUUUCGGUGCAAAUGACAUUUGCUCCGCGCAAUGCUUCAAUCCCUCGCAAUUUUCACCGAUUCUUCACACUCUUCAUUUGCGCAAGACCCUGGACUUCUUGAAAAUCGUUCUACCUCGUACAUUAGUCAACCUUGUGCCAGUUAUAGAUGUUACAGUUUCUAUUAGAGUGCCACAAAGUGCUAUGUGUCGUAUUUUGCACCCGCUUUACUGUGCAUGCAUGCACAGAGGUAGUAGUCGACCAGACAUUGCAAUUUCGAAAAUGUCACACCUUUAUCAGCAAGCUGUCCAAGCUUUAGUAUAUUCUGGAAGGUACGAUAAAUCUCCAGAUUUUACGGUGGUAUUGCAACCAUUUAUUAAAUUAUUUAACGCCCCGAAUGCAGAUCCAAGAAAAGCACCAGUCAUUGACCCCACUUUGGUUACGUACGAUUGUUUUCAUUUCAGCCAAAAGGGGCAUGCACUUGGAGCGAAUCUGCUGUGGAACAACAUGUUUGAACCAGUCGGGAAUAAAACAGAACAAGGACUGCCAGAAGUGUUCGAAAGACUUUUAUGCCCGAGUAAAAAUAUGCCAUACAUUUUCACUAACGUGAAUUCGAGACAUUUCCGAAUGACAGGGCGCCAAGAUAGGAUUGUAACCUGA